UGCCAACUAUGAAUGCAUGACAAAAAGUUGCUCCAGUCCUCUGUCAAUUUCAUCUGCCCAGCUCCAUUUUUCUGAUGCACAAUGCAGAGGAAAGCGUAAAAGAAAGGUUUUAAAGUUCAGGUCUUCAUUUGAUUUUUUAUCGGUUUCUGCACAGUUAAUCAAAACAGAAAUCAAGGCCAGAGAGAGAGAGAGAGAGAGCAGAGAGAGAUAGGGGUUUGAGAAGAGUGAAGAAAAGCAUCAAGCCCUGACAACUUGAAACUUGAAGAGCAAUGGCAAUAACCAGAGCUGGAAAGAGAAAAGAAAUGGCUGAAGCAACAUGUUGCUCUGCUACACCUCCCCCUUCAAAACGAAAGGGCAAAGCUGCUGAGUCUGUUCAUGGUCUAUUCACCUACAGCAGACGAUGUAUUCAUCCCCUCAAUCGUUGUGAUGGCGAUACAACACAGCCUCAAGAGCAAAAUACUACUGCUGGUAAAAGCCAAGUUGGUGGAUGGAAGGUUCUUUUAGGGCCCAAUCAUGGGCCUUCUCCAGAAUCCUUGGACCUGCACACUUCAUCUGAAGAGAAAUCAGAAAUGCCUCAUGAGAAUCAGCCCCGAGAUUCCUUGAGCCGCUCUAGUCUUCGUGCUGAGCGGGGUCAAAAUGACAAGAUGAAUGAUGAAAAUGUGGCCCCAAAUUCUACAAGCAUUGGCAUGACUGAGGUAUUUCACAGGUGCAGAAAGAGUUUUGAAGUUGAUGCAGAGGUUGAGUCUGCAUAUAAAUCUGCUCUGGCGGCAAUUGGAAAGUACAAGGUGAAAGAGGAACAGGCCCCAAUGCUUGGAAAGAUUUUUGGAAGAUAUGGUGAUAUUGCAGAAGAAUCUGACCUGAGCUGUUCUGAAUCUCUUUCUCAUUUCCUUGGGAUGGUUUGCGAUAUUUGUUUAGAGUUGAAGAGUACAAGUUUUGCAGAUAUUUCUCUUCUUCAGGUUGAUGAAAUGCUUCGUAAGAUUGAUGAUUCAGAGAGAGUGGGGCUGAAAGUAAAGUGGCUCCGCGAGAAACUGAUUGAAGUUAAAGACAUGAAGGAACUGGUCGGGGGCUAUAAUGAUUUUAAAGAAAACAGAGCAAAAAUCGAGACAAAGAAGGAAGAGCUGAAAAAGCAAAAGGCUGACUUAGCUUUGUAUCAACAGGAAGUUAAGGCUAAUCUAGCUAAGCUGCACCAAAAACUCGACCUGUUAACAGAUGAGCUGACAUCUAUGAAGGCCAAGGAUAAGCAUACUCAUCAAAAGAUCCAGAAGAGGAAGGAGAAGAUAAAAGCUUAUUACAACCAGGAUCUAGUGGAAGGCCUUCUCUAGUCUCCAUUAUGUACAUAUCCAGUCUUUAUUAUCUUCUUCUGUCAAGAACUUGCUGAUGAAAUCUUUAGUAGGAAGCAGAAACAGUAGGAUAUUUUGUGGUUGCCAAUCGUCUUUUGUUUGAUGACGCGACUCCAUGGCGAAAUUAUUGCUUUUGGUGAACUUGUAAGAAGAGCAAGAAUCAAUAGUAUCUUGACUCUUAGGUCAUUGUGUAUUGUCAAAUGAGUAAGGCUGCUCUGUUUACGG